CAAUUGUUCCCAAUUGAAUAAAACAUUUUUUUCCCAUUAAUUUGCUAGUGAUACUACACAUUCCACCAUUCGUUAAAACACUAGAAAUUCGUUAACUGGUGUAUUAUCUGAAAAUACGUUCCUGAUAAGUACUUUAUAUAUGUAUAUUUCAGGCUUGUGCGACUGAUCUCAGUGUGUUCGCGUUAAUGGGGACCAAAUUUUCAAUCAUUUUACCAUUGAGUUGCCUGCUAAAAUGAUUUAUUCAAUUCCGGAAAUCGAAGGUGUGCUUCAAGGCGUCGAUGGUGCCAUUAAAAAUGUGGAAGUCAGCCGGUUGACUAAACCAGGCGAAAACUACCUCAGUUUGGUGUAUCGGGUGGACGUGGAGGUGGAGAAGAAUGGAAAAACUUCAACCAUUCACGCAGUGGCCAAAUGUCUUCCGUUGACAAAAACAGCGCUAGAUUUCAAUGCAUUUUCCAUGCGAAACGAAAUCAAAUGGUACUCGGAAAUUUUGCCUUUGAUCAAGAACUUUGGAUCGGAAUAUGGUAUAGAUACUGACUUUUAUCCUGAAUACUUGGGCUCGCGGUACAGCUUGGACCCCACUAAGACUGAAAUUGAUAAGGAUUCUGCUUUGUUGAUGAGGAAUUUGAUUCCUGAUGGCUACCAAAAUGACGACAGACACAUUGGCCUGGACCUGCCCAGCGCCAAAGUGCUGCUAAAAUACUUGGCAUCGUUCCACGCAGCUCCCUUAGCUCUUAAGUUCAAGAAACCCGACGUGUUCAAGCAACUUAAGGAAUAUCUUGAAAGCACUCGUCCUCCCAUGCCACCUGCAGGACCGGAAGGCCCUGGAGGACCCGGAGGUUCUGGAGGUCCUCCAAAGGGACCUCCCGGCGCUCCAAAAUAUUCGCUCCACAAGUUGGUUUUAGAGCAAAUGCUUACCAUUCCUCAGUGUCAACCUUAUUUGGCUAAAAUCGAAGAACUAAGGAAUAGACCCAGUCAGGCGCCGUUCGAACAGGGGCCUAUUAGAGAACCAUGGAGCACCAUAGUGCAUAGUGACUUUUGGGUGAAUAAUCUCAUGCUGAAGAGGAAUGAAGGCAAAGUUGAAGUGAAGAUCGUCGACUUCCAAAUGUGUUCCUAUGGAUCUUAUGCGAAGGAUUUGGUGUUUUUCCUACUAUCUAGUGUGCAGGAUAGUACCCAGCAGAGCAAUCUGGAUGAACUUCUCAGGUUCUACUAUGAAGAACUAGUGGAAGUUUUACACAAAGUGGGCGUGCCUGAGCUGAAGCUCACCUUUGAAGAAUUCCUGGCGGAGGUCAAACUUGAAGCCAACAGUGCAGAGGUGUUGCAUGCGCUGUUCUUCUCCACGAUUGUGUUUGGCGAAAAAGGAACAGGCCCGGAUCUGUUAGUGGGUGAAGCUGACAUGUUGGAACAUAUCGAUUUAAUGGUGAAAAAUUUGAAAAAAAACGCACGCCAAAAAGAGAAGCUAGGAGUAAUUCUUGAAGUGGCUGUAUCCAAAGAUUGGCUAUAGGGGUAUUUAUUUAGGCAAUUAAGAUUAAAGCAUUCAAUUUUGAGCACUUUAUUUGGCCAGGUGAUCCACUUGUACAAGUUGCAAAUUGGUUAAAUUACUGUGAUCUCAAUCAGAUAAUUGAAAGACAGGAAUAAUGUACUUAAUUUGUUGUGAUGUAUGAAGGACGUUAUUUUUUAAUAAAGAAAGUAGUUUA